AUGUCUAAACCAAUUCCAUUACCAUCCAUCCUCAAAUUAAACAGUCUUUUGAAAAAGUCUGUUUUCAGUAGAAACUUUUACCAAGAGAUCAACGACAAAGUAUUAUCACAAAGUGCUACUGUCGAUAGAAAUCUAUACUUUAUCUGCUAUUUCACCUUAUUAUUGUCUAGUAUCCUCGAUAAUAAACCAAAAAUAAGAGCGUUUGUGCUGUCCCAAAGGAACAACUUGAUAAAAUUAAUUCUGGGAUCAACUCCUGCACAGUCCGAGGUGAAGAAGGCCACCGAAGGUGAUAUUGUAAGGUCAAAUGAAGCAGCAACAUCAACUGCCAAUUCCAAAGACAAAUCUAACUUGGCUGUGCACCUCAAAGCUAUUUCCUCCUACUUGUCGGACAUCCGUAUUUUCAAUCGUCUUACUGAUUCCAUCAAAUACAUGCCAUGGAUCAUCGACGAGUACAGAGCACUUAAAGAUCCUGCCCACGCAGCUCCCAAAUUGGACAGACUUAUAAACUUGGUACAAGCCCUCAAUUGCUUAGUAUUGGAGCUCUUGGAGAAUGCAGGCUGGCUCACCGACCAUAAUUGGGUGGGAACUAACAAUAACGAGUAUUGGUGCAUUGAGACCUAUAUCUGGUGUUCCAGAGUUUGGGGUGCAUACUUGGUGAUUGAAAUAAUAGAACUUUUCCGUAGAGUUCCAGUUUCCAAAUGGGACAAGCUGUGGAAAAUCAACGUUUUCAAACAAUUAGUUCAAGUGCCGCUUGUCGUUCAUUGGUCGUUGUACGAUGGUUGCUUACUGCCUUUUUGGGUUGGGGUAUGUGGAAGUUGUGCGUCUUGGUGGGAUUUCAAAGACUUGUGGUCAUCAGUCAAGAUUUAA